UUCCAUAGCAACCCCAACGCAUACGUUCACAAACGCAGCUAAUGCUUCUGAUCUGGCAGCAUACCUGUGUUUUUCGUUUAUUAACAUAUUUAAUCUAAAUAGGGGUAAAUCUACCAAAACCUAGCAAAAAAACCUGUCAAACAACAAUCUAAAAGAAAAUGCCUGUUCUCCAGAAACCUGCAACAAUGAAGACCAAAGAGGAAAACAACCAAAUCAAAGCACCUGCUGUAAAGGGAGGCAAAGUCUCCAACAAAAAGAAGGAUGAUGAGGAUGGAACAGAGAUCGGAGGCGAAGAUGAGUGGAUGCAGAAGAAGACUCUGGUUAAACCUCCAGAUCAGCUGGACCUUACCGAGGCGGAGCUGAAAGAGGAGUUCACUAAAAUACUGACAGCGGAUAACCCACAUGCUCCAGAAAAUAGUGUCAAAUACAACUUCAAAGAUCAAGCCUACAAGCCGGUCAACAACGUGGAUCAGCUGGCUGUUCACUUUACGCUGGAGGGGAACCUUCUCCACAAGGAUUCUGAUGAGGCUCGAAGACAAAUGGCUAACCAAGGCGAUGCAGGGGAAAACACAGCCACAGAGCCGGAAAAUGGAGGAGAAAAUCCGGACAAGCCGGAAACUCCGGCGGAUGGGGCCGAGGAUGCAGGCGAUGGAGAAGAUGGCGCUGGGGAAGAGAGACCAGAGAGCGAAGACAUCCAAGUGGAAAAGCAAGAGCGCAAAAUCAGCAACCAGUUCAACUUCAGCGACAGAGCUUCACAGACACUCAACAACCCUCAGAGAGACCGAGCCUGCCAAAGUGAACCUCCUCCUCGUGCCAACUUCUCCGCUACAGUUAAUCAGUGGGAGAUCUAUGAUGCCUAUGUGGAGGAGCUCCAGAAGCAGAAGCAGGAGACGAGUAAGGAAAAACAUAAGACCCCUUUGUUUAAAAAGGAGGAAGAAAAAGUGAAGAAGAAGCCAGUGUAUGUGGACAGUCAGAUCGAUGAAAUUGCCAAAGUGGUGAAGGUGGCCAAGAUUAUCGAGCGCAUGGUGACUCAGAACACCUUCGAUGACAUCGCACAGGAUUUUAAAUACUUCGAAGAUGCGGCAGACGAGUUUCGAGAACAAGAGGGCACGCUUUUGCCACUGUGGAAGUUCCAAUAUGAAAAAGCCAAGCCUCUUACAGUAACCGCACUCUGCUGGAAUCAGAAGUACAAGGACCUGUUUGCUGUGGGACUCGGGUCAUAUGAGUUCACGAAGCAGGGACGAGGCAUGCUACUCUUCUACACCCUGAAGAACUCCAACCACCCAGAGUACAUUUUCCACACCACAUCUGGUGUCAUGUGUCUGGACAUCCAUAAAGAGCUGUCCUACCUGGUGGCCGUGGGUUUCUAUGAUGGUUGUGUUGCAGUGUAUAACCUGAAGUUAAACAGACCUCAGCCCAUUUAUAAGAGUACCGCUAAGUCAGGAAAGCACACGGACCCCGUGUGGCAGGUAAAGUGGCAAAAUGACGACAUAGACAAAAACCAUAAUUUCUUCUCAGUCUCCGCUGAUGGACGGGUGGUGUCAUGGACUCUUGUGAAGAACGAGCUGCUCUACACGGAUAUCAUUAGGCUGUCUUUGGAAGGAGUUGUUACUGAAGGAGAAGAGGACGUUAAGAUUCCUGACAUGGCCUGUGGAACGGCUCUCGAUUUCCAUAAACAGAUCGACUACCUUUUCCUUGUUGGCACUGAAGAGGGCAAAAUACACAAGUGCUCCAAGUCCUACUCGAGCCGGUUCCUGGAGACCUACAUCGCACACAGCCUGUCUGUCGAUGCCGUCAAAUGGAACCACUUCCACCCGAAGGUGUUCAUCUCUUGUAGCUCGGAUUGGACUGUCAAGAUAUGGGACCACACGAUCACGAACCCGAUGUUCACCUUUAACCUGAACACAGCCGUGAGUGACGUGGCCUGGUCUCCAUACUCCUCCACUGUUUUCGCUGCUGUCACCACUGAUGGAAAGGUGCAUGUGUUUGACCUGAGCAUCAACAAAUAUGAAGCCAUCUGCCAGCAGGCCGUGGUCUCCAAGAAGACCAAGCUAACUCACAUAGAGUUUAACCCUGUGUACCCCAUCAUCAUUGUGGGAGAUGACCGAGGCUACGUCACCAGCCUGAAACUCUCGCCCAACCUCCGCAAGCAGCCAAAGGAGAAGAAAGGUCAGGAGUUGCCAAAGGGGCCUGAAGUGGAGAUGGAGAAGUUGGAGAAGCUGUUGAGUCAACUGAGGGCUCCUGAUAGACCUGUACAGAAGUAAACUUCUAACACCUCCGUACUCCAUGAAAUCAGUUUCAUUACUACAGUGUUACAAAACAAUACACAGACACAUGCACAGGUAGCAAAAAUACAGCAGGAUAAGUGAAACA